AGAGCGACCUUGAAGUGCUCAGCCUCUGCACAAAGCAGUCAUUGAUUCUAUCGAUCUGUCGUGUGCCUUGCGCAUAGCGGCUACUCAAAUGCAACUGUUUGUACUUCCUAAUGGUAGCCAACUGUCGUUCUACGUCAAGGCUUGUGAUUCUGUACCAAGUUUAAAACUAGCAAUCGUGGCUCAUGGUGGUACGGUGUCUGACAAAGAACAGGCAAACAGCAUUUAUUUAGCUACUCCGGGGAUAACUACUGAUUCUGAGAAAUAUAUACAUUACAAGUACAUAUGGGACUGUAUUCAGAGCAAAUCUCGCUUGCCGAUGGGAAAAUAUCACGUCAAGCCGGGAACUCAGGUUUCUGAAAUUUUAUCCGUCGAUAUCGACGAUCCCUGUUGGAUAGAUACAGAGUUUUCUAAUCCAUCUGUGCGUUCACGUAAACCGUUUACAAAAAAGGAGAGUCUGACUUUGUUGAAGUACAUCCAAGACAAUAAUCUUUUACCGUCGCUAAAUAAACGAUCAACUUAUGCGCAUUUAGAAGCUGUUAGAAUAACAAAUCACUCCGCUGAGUCAAUACGCAGUCACAUUCGACAAGUUUUGCAUCCUUUAUUCAAUAAAUCUCAUAAUUCUGAUAACAAUCAUGACAAUUCUGAAAACAAGAACAAUAAUAAUAAUAAUAAUAAUAAUGGACACGAGACAUCGAGUUGUAAAAGUGGAUUUUCUCGAUUUACUAGGAAACAGUACACCUUAGUAGAAGAUGAAGCAAUCAUGAAUUAUUUAGUGGAAAGAAAUCUUUGGAGACAAGUAAAAAGUCGAGCUCUUUGGAAAAAGAUGGCCAAAGAAGGUGUAACCAAUCACUCUUCUGAGUCUAUGCGUAAUCGAUUCCGACAUCAUUUAGUAAAUGGAACUUAUGCUCGAUUAGUGACAAAACUCACUCAGAGUGAACAAGUGAAACUGAAUGAAAUUUUCUUUGGUUCUUCUAAACGAACGAAUAGUAAUUUGGAGAAUAGCAGUGAGGAUAUCUGCCAUUCAUCGUACUCUAUUGAUGAAUGUACUACUAUAACAUCAGAUGAGUCAAAUCCAAAUGUUGCAGAUGGUGUGAAUGACCUUCAGUCAUCAUGUCAUCAAUCACAUAAGAUUCGUGACAAACAGACUUCUCCAAUUGAAGAAACUGUCCAGCAGACGGAAUCAAGAAAUUUGUUAACGAACAGUGUUGCAGAAGCGCUCAGUUCACCAUCUCCCUCAUUUAGUGUUUCUACCUCAAAUUCCCCUGGAACUCCGAUAAAAUGCUGUAAGCGUCGUCCAGUGCCACGAUCGACUGUUGUAAGAGAUGGAAGUCCUCAGCUGAAAUCAACUGGCUUGAUGGCUACAUCGAGUAGUUCGUUAUCAUCUAAGUUGUCAGUAUCACCGGUACCGAGUACUUCAUAUGCUUUAUGCCCUAAUAAUAUUCCAGUAUCUCUUGAUUCAUCGAUUCUUACAUCAGAUUCAUCUGUUGCAUUGCGUUCACCAAGUAAUCCAGAAUGGAUUUCACAGUUAAUAAAUUGUUCCCCAUACAUAACAACACCGUUACAAGCUACGCUCCUUGUUACCAUGACCAGUGGUUCUGUUAUUGAAGCGUACAAUUUUUUAACAACUGGAAAGCGUCGUCAGCCAUCAUCGUCUGAUGAAUUUAGUCCACCUCUUUGGUUACUUGAUGAUGACAUAUCUUUGAGUUCAGAAGACGCAGAAGCAGUUGAUGAACUUGUUAAUCGUUUUGGCUGGACGGAAGUAAUUGAGCGUUGUAAAUUUUUAAAAGAUCCAGAUUAGCUCAGGCAUUUACAACUAUGAUUAUUAUUUAUUGUUCUGCAUUCAUUGGCCACGUGAAUCCAUUCCAUCAUUUGAUGUUACACUUUUACGUAAAACAAUUAUUGUACAGAAUUUAUUUUUUAAGCUGUAAAUGUUGUUAAUAUUCAUUUUCCUGGUGUUUUUACUCUCCAGAUUUAUUUCUUAUUGUGCUCACAAGUAUCCUUGUGUGUGUCGGAUUUUUACACCGUUAAAGUAUUAUUCAUUUGUGUUUAACUCUGUAAAUGUGUAUAAUAAACACAAUACAUGCCAG